CCACGUGCUUGCCUGCGCUGUGAGGCUCAUUUUCAGCUGAUCCGACUCCACAACAAUUCGGAAGCCCUUUUGCCCCACGUACAGUUUUUAUUUUGCUUUCAAAAGUUUCGGUCAAAAGUUUACCGUUUUUUCGCGAUGCCUUACGCCCGCAAAAAAAUGCACGAUGGCGAUACCCAUCUGCGGCGUCGUUGGAGACUUCGUAAUCGCCAGAAGGAUCUGGACGAAAUCGACACCGAUCUGCAACAGAACUCGGAAAAGCUGCUAAACCAAGAGGUGGAUCUGGACAAACCGGGUUUCGCACAGUUUUACUGCAUCCAUUGCGCGACAUACUAUAUCAACGAACGGGCCCUGCAGGAUCAUUUUCGGACCAAGGUGCAUAAGAGACGACUUAAAGCUCUGGAGGUUGAACCAUACACGGUGGACGACUCGCUGAGGGCUGCCGGCCAAGGCAGUUUCAUUCAUCCGCAGAAACGUAAAAUGGAGACGCAACCUUCCAAGGAACAGUACGCCGCCGGUAAACGAGUGAAAGUUGAUGUGGUAAUCGAGGAGGAAAAGCCUGUCAAACAGAACCUUUCGCGGGUACCGAAGUACGAUGGGCAGUUUGGCAAAAUUCUAGACGACCUCAAAGCUCCAGCUACAUAGUCUUUCAGAAAUGCGAACAGAAGGAAGUCAUUAUUUUUCUUUUUUUUAUUGUUUUGGUGAAAAUCACCAAUAUUAUUUAAUAAAACGAAAUUUUGUGGAACAUUCUAAAUUAAUAAUUAUUCAGAGACUAA